AGCGCUCGUUAUCGCUGCUAUCAUGGCGCUGGCCGUCAGGCUAGGAUGGCCAAAUUCUCGCUCUACCGAUUGAGACGCGAUCGAAAGCUUAUAAUAACCAAUUCACUAACAUCAUUGCUGUUACAAGUCUCAAACUACAUAAAAAAUGGGUUCAAGAAUACGGGACUCGCCGUCAAAAAUAAUUGAAUGCUUCUGCGAAGUUGUUAUACCGAGGAACGGCAACGAAAGUGCAUGGAUUGUGCAGAAAUUUCCGGAUUCUUAUAACAAUGAUGAGGUGUUAAAAUCUGUACCAGAGUUUGCCUACCCUUGUGAAUUUACCAGUACUGCAGUGCAGCACUUCAGCUUUGUGUUGACGAGCAUUGACAGCAAGUGGACGUUCGGCUAUUGUCGUCAUGCUCCCAACUCUCAAACCUGCUUUGUGCUUCUAAGCUACUUGCCCUGGCAUGAAACAUUUUACAAGGUGCUCAACCAGAUCGCGGAACUAGCCAACAAAAAAGAUUCUAGUCUGAUGGGUCACUUCCUGGAAUCUCUCUAUAACACAUCAGUUCCCGAACCUGGAUUUCAGCUAAAGGUUGUGUACGACACGGACAAAAAUCCAUUUCAGUGUGCCUGCUCAGAUCAUACAAAGUUGCCAAGCAUUCCUGAAAAUAGAAAUCUGACGGAAUACUUCAACGCAGUUGAUGCAACAAAUAUGAUUGUGUUAUUUGCAAGCAUGCUACAUGAGCGAAGGAUUCUGAUCACCUCAAGACGCCUCAGCAGGCUAAGUGCCUGUGUUCAGGCAGCAAAUGCUCUCAUUUAUCCCAUGGAGUGGCAGCACAUAUAUAUCCCUGUUCUUCCCAAUCAUCUUCUUGACUACCUCAGUGCUCCAAUGCCAUUUCUUAUUGGUGUUCCUGCAGUCACACUAGCAAGGGUCUCCAAAACUGAGCUUGGUGAAGUGGUUAUCCUGGAUGUUGACAACAACAAGGUUGAAACCCCCUUCAAGGACGUGGAAACACUUCCAAGUGAAAUUGUGAUGCCACUGAAGCGCAGUCUGCGCACACACCACCAGACACUGGGUGAUGGCGUGUCACAGGCAUUCCUUCGUGCACUGGUGGCCCUGAUGGGUGGCUACCGGGAAGCCGUUCGCAUGGAGGUGGGCCAGCGAAUCACGUUUGACCCUGACCGCUUCCUGCAGUCACGUCCUGCCAGCCUUCGACCCUUUUUAGAACGCAUGCUGCAGCUCCAGAUUUUUCACCAGUUUAUUGAAGGCAGAUUGCAGAUUCUCAACUCCUGUGAGGUCCACAAUGACAUAUUUGAGCUGGAGGUGAACAUGUUUGAUGACAGCUCCAACAAGCAGUUCAAGCAGCAUUACAAGUACUGGUUGGCAAACAUGAAGAAAGAAGGUGGUGCAUUGCUGAAGUCCAUGAAGAGCAAGGCUAACCCAGCUGUCCGCAAUGCCUACAAGAAUGUUAAAGACAAGGGCAGAAAAGCCUACACAAAUAUUCAAGGAAAGAUUGCUAACAUGCAGAAGGGCACCCAGGAUGACAUGGCAUUGUCUAGGAGAGAUAGCAGUCAGCCCUGGAGCGCUCCAGCCAGUCCGACAAUGGGACGCGUGAGACCUGCUACAACAUUUCAACCCAUGCAUCGUAACACUACAAGCUUGGUUUCUCCACUGAAAAUGUCAUCUUUAGAGACAAGUGCUAGGACGCCUGUCAAGAGUCCCACUGAACCGAGCCUUGAUGUGGUAGCGGAACUGUCGGAGGACACUGGUUCUAGUGGCUCGUUCCAGCGCAUUGACAUGGACCUCAUGGGAGACUUGCAAGAGAUUUUCAGCCGUUGCAGCACCACGAACCUGCAGGUCCAGCCGAGCCAAGUUAACCAGUUGGUCUCACCACAGGUGCCACCAGAAAAACAGGCAUUCAGUGACCCGUCACUGCAUAAGGUGCCUUUGGCCCCACCUCCAAGAAAAGCACCAAGGAACACCAGCCGACCUUCGCCAUCCUCAGAUGCACCACUGAUUCGUCUGGAUUCCCAGGAGAAUGAUGACGAACUUGCCAACCACCAACCUCCAGCAACUGCUAAAGGAGUUUCUGUGUUGCCACCUCUGCCGGCACAACUAGUGCACACAACACAGCCGGCGGUACAAGCAAUACAACCAGGAAUGCAGACGGUGAAGCCACUGGUAUCUACAGUACAGCCAGCAAUCCCAAUGAUACCACCAAGGGGGCAGGCAGCUUCAAAUCAGUUGCCACUGGCAGCAAAUUCUGCUGCAUUUGCUGCUCAUUCAUAUGCCCCAUCACCCUAUUCAAAUCUGCAGAGACGAUUCCAAGCUGUACCUUACAUGGGAGCUCCUCACCCAUCUUUUGCAACAAACCCAUUUCUUCGGAUGCCUUGGACUCCACCAGCGACUCCGCCAGUGACACCACCAGUCACAUCACGUCCUCCCAUGGUUCCCGUUUCACAGCCAGCACCAUCUCCGGUGUUCCCCAAACAGCAGGACCCUUUUGCUGACCUCAUUGACCUUUGACUGUGCUAAUUGUGAGGAGGCACCAGGGCCAUACAAAUGCUUCAACGCUUCCUAUUUAUUUUGGUUUAAAUGACAUAGGCAUAAAUACUUGUGUAUAUAUUAGCCACCGAGAGGAGGAACUUGGAAUGUGUGGAGGACUGAGAAAAGGCGGGGGGGGGGGGGGGAGGGGGGAGGCAUUAACAUGUGGAGCUUUUAAUUUUGGAGUGUCAUGCAGUGAUAUAGCGUGAUGAGUUUGUGAAGUUCUUCUUACUCAGACUGGGCUCUCUACACAGAUACUAGGCAGAUACAUUGUAGAGAGUUGAAAAUGUGUUGUUUUUUUUCUCCCUAUCUUUGUAUGUACAGCUUUCAUCUUAGUAUAAUCCCUAGAAAAUGAGGCAGAAUAUUAAGGCCUUCAGUGUUGUCACUUAGUUGACAUCUGCAUUUGCAAUGGUAAUGUCAGUAAAAGUUCUGUGAUAAUCUGAUGCAAUGUUCAUUGUAAAAUUUACCAACGCUUUGUUUAGCACAAGCAUAGGAGCUUCACUUAGUCUUGAUUUUAGAAAGCAGUGUAAGCUACUUGGUACGGGAAAGAAAGGCUUGAAAAGAAAAUGCAAGUGUUCACAACUAUGUAGAGAUAAAGUCACAAAAAAAAAGAUAAUUGUAGAAUAUCAUUCGUUUUGUUUGAAAGCCAAUCUAAUGCAAAGUAAAACACAUACACACACAAGUGGAUGAAAAAGUAAGACUGCAUAGUAAUGUGCAUACUAUUAUGCCAUGAUGUGAGAUAUACCUAGUUUGGACACAAGAUUUUAGUGUAGAUUCAAUGCUUACAUUUUCUGUGGAUUGUGUGACUGCAGAAAAAUGGGCCUAGAUAACUCAAUAUUUUAGUUACUCAGCAAAAAAAGUAACUUCUUUUAGGGAAGAAUUUUCGCUGUAUGAAAGAAACAGUUUUGUUUUGCCCAUUGUAACCUGUGUAUUUGUUGGUAAUUACUAUAAGACUGCAAAGCAUAUUAGUACUUGUAAUGUGAGAAGUGCGUGAUUGCCUAAUGCCUCUCAAAGUUUUUGAUCGUGAUAAUGCCGACCAGUUUAGUUAUGACAAGUGUAUUUUUGUAAAUUUCCUCAGUGCCCAUGGGCUGCACUCAACAAGCCUAAUGUCACUUUGUGCUUGUAUUGUUCUUGAGAGAGUGAGAAAAGAAAAAAAGCUCUACAGAUAUUACUGUGGUAAAAAACAAAAAAGUUCAAGGGCUGGUCACAGUAUGAUGUAGUCAUGAAUUAUUUGGGAAUGCACUUGGCCCCAGGCAGGUGGCAGCUGUGUACUUGCUGUACUGUGGUGGUGUGCACACAGAUUUACUGUGUAGCUGGGCAAUGCGAGAAUUGGUUAGGCAGUAGGCAUCGAGCCAAAAUAUUCUUGUCAUGUGUACCUGUUGAAUCAUGUCCGAGUCCUAAACACUAGCCUUCUUAUAAUUGUGAGAAAAACUGGGGCCUCAAUUACUAUUCCCAGCACAUAAUGAUAUAAGUUACCAAACCUCUCAAACUUCUAGAAAGCUUCCAGGAUGGGCAAAGAAGUAAGUAGGAGGAAGGGUACAUAAAGGUGCAGCGCUCAGAAACUAAACUACUUGGCUUGGCUUCAGUGUUUAGCUUAAUUUUCUUUCUAUACACAAUGUCACUGACACAGAUGGAGGGUUCAGGAGAGUUGGGGUUGAAGCUUAGGGAACUCUUUAAAAGGAGCUGCAUUUGAGGUUACAUGUAAGCAUUGUAUUUAUUUCUAUUAUAGUGCAAGAUAACUUUUUUUUUUUUUGCACUACCUUUGACAUGGUUGCAUGACUGACUGGUGGAAUGGUCUCUCAGCUCCAUCUUUUGUUGUAAACGGGCAGGCAUGUAUGCUUUCUCGGUGCCUGCAGCCUAAUUGCGGCCAUUGUGUCACACAUGUAUUGUUUACAAUGUAGCAGAGUUGCAUUGCAUGUUUCCUGGGAGCAUUCGGUACCACUGCCUACAUUCUGAAGCACUGCUGAUGCAGGCUAAUCCUGCAGGUGCUAAGCUGCAUUCUGGCUCAAUGCCAAUAUGGCCACAACAGCGGGACAAAACAUAGUGCCAUUGGGAUAGUGGUACUGCAGCCAUAAAAGUGACACCAGUGCCACCUUAACUUGCACAUCUUGUCGCUUUAGCCAUGACCACCUUCGCGAUUCAUACACGAAAUGUGCUGUUUUACUUGCACCUCUGUUAUAAAGCAACCAUGUGCUGCAUUUGAGAAGCCAGUGAGGGCUAUAACAUAAUCUUGUGAAACUCUUGCAAGUUAUUCUACAGUGUACACUGUGGCCCAUCCUUUAAUUUUUUUCCUAUUGCAGCAGUGUAUAAUUAACAUACUGCUGCCAUGGGAUUACACUCAAAUGUGUGAACAUACAUAGCUGCCAGUGCCGUGGUGUGUUGCCAUUGGGUCUAAGUAAUUACCAGAAGGGACCAUGUGCAGCUGUCAACAGCAAAUGUAAUGACUCACUUCUUGACACGCCAUGUUGCAGCUGCAGCCAUUACAUCCACUUUCAGCAUGCAGGCUUGGUGUGCAGUCUUGGACUCAGUGGCCAAUUCUCUAUGAUGCUGGCUGCUGUGCAAUCCACACGCUUGAGCAUUUGGACAGCAGUAGUAUAUAAACAAUUCAGUUGAAAGCCAUGUCAAGAUAUGCAGUGUUGGAUAUCUGAGAAAAUGCAACCAAUUGGAAGUUCGCAGGUGGAACUAUAUUUGCUCAAAGCCAUGCGAAAUUUUUUCACCUUGACCUUUCAUAGUGAGACAAUAUACCAUAUGUUUCCGUGAUGACUGUCUCAUAUUAUGAAAAAUAGGGAAUUGGAAUUGGGGGGGGGAAGCAUGGACUCAAAAUAUGCUGUGCAAUGCCUUGCUGUUCCAGGUAAGUUUUUCGUACAGCAGUUUUCCACUGUGUGGAAGCAUAUUAACUGGAACAGCAGUACAGAUUUUGAAUACUUAUUUAUCAAAACUGGUGCCAAGGCAGAGAGCUUCUAGCAGCAGGUUAAUGUAAAGGUUAAUUGAAGAAACCCUGUUAAUUAUUUAUCAUAUUGGCAAUCAUCACGUAAAUUAUAAUAUCUACUUUCUGCAUAAAGGUUUGUAAAUAAAAAUGAUAAUUUUGUCUCAAAUCACCUGUUUUGAAUAAUCUGGGACCAUCUCUGCAGAAACUUGCAGUAUGUAACUUGUAAAGGUUGUGCUGCCAUCUCUACAAGUUUACAAGUCGCAAGUGAAAUUUACAAGCCAGACAGCAAGGCUGCAGUCAUGGUGGUGGAAUAAUGUAACAACAUAUAUCUGUGCCACAUUUGUGCUAGAGUGAUCUUGUGGCCACUGCUUAUUUACCAUAAUUCCAUCACCAUUUCAGAGUUUCCUCAACAAUGACAUGGAAAAAAGCUGUUGAUCGAUCUUAAGUUAGUUAAUGAUGUCAUGAAAAUGGGUUCUCUGUACUAGCGAGUUCAUGCCAGUAGCCUCCCUAACAUUCUGUGCUAGCGAAUAGCAUAGCGUCAGUAGUGGGUGGUAUGGUCAAUGUGGCCGAGUAAGUUGGCAGCGCUGGGGUGCACAUAGAAAGGGGCAGACACUCUGGCAUGCCAUUUAAAAUGUAAGACAAUGAAGUGUUUGAAUAUUUCAUUUAUAGGAAUAUACUGAAUGGUAAAAUUUCUAAAACUUGCAAAGCCUGAAAUUAAGCUUAAAUUUUCUUCCUCUGAGCACAGUGGCCUUGUUUUAAAAGGCUACAUGUGGUUGUAGUGGAAGUGCGUGCAAGAAAAGUUUUAUAUCUGCUAUAGAGUCUGGCAGAUUUGCCCUUGGUUGCAACUAGACAGAGUGAGAAAUGUAGUUGAGACUGCUGUGUAUAGAAUACUUUGCAACAUUUUAAAGAAUAUGUUGAUUUCAGUGAGCAGUCUUUUCCAUUUUUAUCACCAUAUUUCCGGCCAACCAGCACAACUUCCUAGAAAAUUGUGCCUGUGUAUAUUGCGAAGUCUGUAGCACAAAAUAUUUCCAUUCUGGUUUGAGCGUUCAUUAUGCACGGCCCAACAUGAUGUGUGCCAAGGAAAGGUCAUAUUCUCCUUGUAGAUAUGGUAAAAUGCGACAGUUGGAUAUUUCUUAGUAAGUUGGCUCUAGUGAAAUAUAUCGGAGCUGUAGUUAACAGUACAAAGCAAAAAGCUUGCCAGCAUAGCUCUCUGCAGCAGUAGCUGUGGGUUUAACUCAUACAUUCAUCAACAUUGUGCGACAUUGUUUUUUAAGCAGCAUACUUGUUUUUUUGUGCUGCAUAUUUGAACACUAAGCAGCUUGUCUGCAUGCUUUAUGUACAGUCGCGAGCAAUAGUUUGGAGACCGCGGCAUCAGCAAAAAAUUUCAAUAUAUUCAAGCGCAGCUCUGCAGCCUCGAAUUGGCUUAAUACGUUGUAAUGGUGAAACACAUGCACGUAGGCGUGCGCUCUUGAUUUCAGCUGGAAUGCCCAGGCUGCGAAGAAGAAAAAAAAAAAUCGUGGCACCUUUGGUCCACAAACUUUUGCUCGCGACUGUACAUUGUAUGUAAGGACGUUGGAUGGUGUGUGCACACACAGUCGACAGUGUGAAUAUGUUGCUAAAACAUGUAGCCUUUUGUGUGUCUCAUAAUCUGAUUCUUGCGACUUGAAGCUGUCGUUUGCUCCAAUCCAAAAACUCCAGUGAGACAUAGUAUUGAGCAUCAGGUAUUGCAUGAUCAAGAGGUGACAAAAGGGCCACUGAUUGUGUAAUUUGUACUUUGGUCAAAAAACUGCACUGCUAUUUUGCCUAUCAUAGUUAAGGACAUUGUCAUGAAAGACAGAGACUGUUAAUGGUGCCCAAGUUACAGUGACGGCGAAAAAAAAAAAAAAAAAUACUGCAACAUAAGUGUGCAGGUGCAUGCCUUGUUUGUUUAUUUAAUGCAAAUGCUAACCACACUCUUAGCUUUCUAGCAUCAUCAAAUCAUUUUUUUCUUGAAAGGGAGGGGGUGUACAUUUUUAGGUAUUUUGCACAAGUUUGGUUUGAGAAUCCAUAAAUCUUUUACCCUAGCCAUUUCCAAAUUUGUUUCUUUAUUGUCACUUGACUUCUAGAUCAGACUGUGACUUCACACAUUUGUAUUACGUAGCUAUAGCAAUAGCAUGUGCAAGUGCAACUAUUUUUUUAAGUUCAUGGGACACUUACCACUGUUCUGUCCACAGUAGCUGCAGCUAGAUAAAAUAGGAAAUAGUGUGAAAUAAGUAUUUUUGUAAUUUUAUGGCUAAAUCAUCAAAUAUGUAAUUGCAACAGAAGUUGUGCUUAGGACAUUUUACAGAGCACCUGUUAAUGUUGUAUUGGUACUGCCGGGGCUCUGUCAUGCAUGCAAACUGAUUGUCAUGGAGUGAUUUAAUUCUUGCUACUGAAACAUUGGAACAGUAAAGAUGCUGUGACCCCCUUUGCCCCCCCCCCCCCCACACACACACUUUCUUUCCUAGUAAUUGGAGCUAGGCUUUCAGUGUUUAGUAACUAUGGCAUCUGUAAAAAUGCCUUGCAACUGAUUUUCUUCCAUCAAUGUGUGCUGCUGUCCUUUUGCUCAUUCGUAAAGCAGGUGGUACUGUAAAUGACUUCAUUUUCAUGGCGUCUUAUUAAUUUUUGCAAAUGGUCUGCAAUCCACAAUAAAUUGGUAUUUCAAACAAUUAUUGGGACUUGUGUUUGCAGCAGAGUUCCUCUUGAGCACUACAGCCACCUUACCGAAUCUUUUUUCUAAUAUUUUCAAUUAUUUCUAAGUUUGAGCACAAAAUUGCAAAAAACCAAGCUUGAGAGAAAAGCAAGUCAUUUGCAGUAUACUGACACUGAAUCAUUUGGUGCUACUUUGUCACAGCUGAGCAAAGUGCGGCGAGUUUGCCGAGUGUGCUCCUUGUGUCAGUGUUCGGUGAGCGUCACUAAACUUACUCCUACAACAGCUUUUGAAUGACAUUAACAUCAAGUGACAAUUGCUCAAAUUGAGACUAAAUUUGCCAUUUGGAGAUGUAUAAAUUUGUUUUGCCACAUAUGUAGUCACUGCAUCACCCUUAAGAGGUAGGUGUAGCUUCUAGCCUGUUACAAGUACUUCUAGAAGACAAAAUGGUGUACGAUUAUGUUGUCAACACUAAUAUGGAUGCAUGAAUGUCAGUGAAAUCUAUAAAACUUUGAAGUGUAUUAGGUUCCAUGAGGUCAAAGUAGAAUUCUUUCGCAUUGUUAUUGAUGUUCCUUGGUGCAUUUUGUUCUUAAGGUAGACUUGUACUAUUUAAGAUUGAGCAUGUGGAUCAUUGUAUUUGUUUUUGUGUGCACUGCCAGAGUAAGUUUACCAUUUUGCUGGCAUGUUCAACAUGACAUGAAUGGUGCCCGAAAACAUUUACCUUGUUUAGUUGUUGUUUGUGAAUAAUAGAAACCAUGCUAUUUGAAAAUGUUUAGUUAGCAGAGGUUAUUUAUGACAUAAGUUUCAUCUUGUAGUGUGUACUUGCAGUGCCUUCUUUGACAGUUUAAUUUAGACUCUUAUGCAUAAGUUUCAUUUUGCUAACAACUUUAUGCUACUCUUUAUUUACACUACACCUUUCUUUUACUUGUAAGACUGUUCAGUGUAUGUCUAGUGCGCUUGCUGCAUAGAAACUGAGCAAAUGGUUAUCAUGCAGAUGGGUUACAUGCACACUUGAUUUUUGAAGCCAGAGUGGCACUUGAAUGUAUGAUUGUACAUUCCUACUGACGUCAGUGAGAAUUUUUUUUAUGUAGAGCAUUAAACUAUUAGCAUUCCUGC